AUGUCCACGGCUGACGGGACUGUCCAUAACAGGUACUACUCUCCAGUAGUAGACUACUACUACUACUACUACUACUACUACUACUACGAGUUAGUUGGCCUUACUAGUCGACUUACCGACUUAUUGCCCGGUUUUGGGUGUGGUCGUGGUGUCGCCUCGGGCUACUCGCUGGCCCGUGGUGUACAGGGUCCGUCGGCCAUGCGCCUGUCUAUCAUGAUGGCUUUGUACCGGUAG